AUGGCAAAUGUAACAGGGCACCUUAAUCAAACAACCAUAGGAGGGCUAAGUGAAAAUACACUUCCUUUUUCCAAGUCUUCGUCUGCCGAUUUCUUUACUCUUUAUCUUCUCUUUGCUUCGAUCCUCAUCAUUUUUGGACUCUUCGAUAUCCAUGGCUUCUUCAAUGUCCAAUUAGUAGCCCUAAAAGUCUGUGAACCCACCGGCGAGCUUCUCAGAACCUUAGAUCGCCGAGGCAAGCGAAUCAUCGAUUUCGUCGACGAUCAACCGACCAAGAAGCUCAGUGGUAUCAAUCGAGCGUCAAAGAAGGCGAUCUUUGAGGCUGUGACAGGUUUGGGAGAGGAGCUGUUACUGUUACUGGGUUCGAUUUUGAUGAACAUAGUCGAUGAUGGUUCGACAAACUAUGGAUACUAUCCGAGAUUAAAUUUCAAUUGUGUUAACAUGUUGAGAUUUGCGAAACUUGAAUCGUUCCUUUCAGUGUUGGGGGAAUUGGGUUCUGUGUCGUUUGAUGAUUUGCAUUCUGGUUCAGCCAGAGCCAAGUUGUUGGAUUUGUUGGAGUCUCAAUUCUCGUUCAAACCGAAUACUAGGUUCCCCUCGUCGGAAUUGUAUGUGUGUCUGGACAGAGGUCCAGUCCUUGGAGAGAUCGCGAUCAUGUUGCGAGUACUAGCAACUCCGAGUCGUUUGAUGACGGAGAAUUCAAUAAAAGAGUAUUUCUCUUCGGUGAAAAGGUCAGUACUGUGUGUUACUCAGCUAGAACAGCCUGUGGAACCCAGAAUCGUGUUUAAUCGAAAGGUGUUUGAACAAGAAUUCAAACUUGGUUGGAAGCCUGAUCAGGGAGACCAUAGUCCUUACAUAUUAAAGCGGUGA